AUGACAGAACAAACCCAAAAACCCGGACCCGACCCGAAAACCCUCCUCCACUUAUCCUCACAAUUCCUCCGGCGCCGGCACUUCUCCGACUGCCGGAAAUACGCCCAUCAAGCCCACCAACUCAACUCUAGCCUCGCCGGAGUCACCAAAAUCCUCGCCGUCGCCGACGUGUUACUCACAACAACUUACGAAACACCCAACGGAAACGUCCGCGACUGGUAUGAAGUGCUGCAAGUUGAUCGUUACUCACAAAACUUAAAUCUUAUUAACAAACAAUACGGCCGGUUAUACGGGUUGUUGAACCCGUGCGAGAAUACGUUCCCGUUCGCUGAUGAGGCGUUUGAGAUAGUGUGUGACGCGUGGGGUGUGUUGUCACACAGCGAGAAAAAGUUUGAGUAUGAUUGUAUGGUUAAGAAGAUUCUAGAAGGUGAACAAUUUUGGACUGUGUGUCCGUACUGUUAUUAUUUGUAUGAGUAUCCUAGGGUGUAUUUGGAGGGUUGUGUGAGGUGUGUGAAUGAGAAGUGUGGGAAGGCGUUUACUUGUGUGGAGAUUGAUAGGCCUCCGGAUGAGGUUUUGGGUGUUGGUGGGUAUGUGUGUGAUGGGUUUGUGAUGCUUGGGUUGAAAACCGGGUGUUGGAACCCGUUUAAGCCGGUUCAUAAGAAGAAACCGGAUUGUGGUACGGGUGUUCGUGUUGAUGAUAAGUAUGUUGAAAUAUCUGAUGAUGAUGAUGAGGAUGAGGAUGUGGAUGUGGAUGGUGGGUGUGUAAAUGGAGGUGUGAAGGUGGAGGGGGGUGGGGUGACGGUGGAACCGAUGGGGGCGAAUGUGGGAAGGAAGAAGUCUGCGGCAAGGAAUACGAAGAAGGUGACCGGGGUGGGGAAUAGAUCGAGGAAAGAGGCGUUUGUGGAACCGGAAGAAUCAGAGGAUUGUUAUGGAAAACAUAUAUGUCAUGUCAUGGUGGUUCUUACUGUUGCUACAUUGAGUAUGCGGGUCGGGUCUUUGUCGGGUUUGACCUUAUCAGCAUCCGCCGUUGUUACCAAUUUCGUACUCUUAAAUCUACAUCACCCGAGACUACGAUUCUUAACCAUCUGGGAACACCUUUACUGUCUACCUUUGUGUUAG